AGUGUUUUGUCAGUCGAGCUAAUUGGACGGUGUCGAUAAAACCGGGUUGCGCAAUGAAGCGAACUGCUUACCUGUUGACCGUGUGUUCGGUUCUAACGAUUCUUAGUGGAAAAUUUGUGUGUGGUCAGAUCGAGGCCGCCCACUACAGACUGCCGGACAAUACUUUCCCGUUGAAGUACGACGUGACGCUGUCCGUGGAUUUGGCAAAGUCGAGCUUUUCCGGUACGGUGCGAAUCGCGCUGAAUGCAACUCGAAAUACCGACAAUGUGACGCUGAACGUGCGAGAUUUGAACAUCCUGGCUACGAAAUUGACCGCAGUCGAUGGGACUGGAGCGGAACUCCGAAUCAUGGGCUAUGUGAUGCAGAACGAUUCGGAGAUGGUGUCGUUUAGAAUAGAUGGCCAGCUCAACGCCAACAGGGCCUAUCAGCUGGACAUCGACUUUACUGGCGCAAUCAAAAACGACCUGAAAGGAUUGUACAAGAGUUCGUACUAUCGUGACGCUGAAGAAAGAUUCAUUGCGACUACAUUCAACGCAGCAGCUUUUGCCCGCAAAAUUUUCCCCUGCUAUGAUGAACCCCAGCUGAAGGCAAAAUUCCGCCUCCGAAUCUACCACGAUCGUCAGCUGCAUGCCCUGUCCAACAUGCCCGUGGAGAGGCGGACUGAUGAGGCCAAUCCCAAUGGUUUUAGUUUAACGGUUUUCGAGGAGUCUCCCGAGAUGUCGACCUACCUGUUGGCGUUUGUCGUUUCGGACUUUCAGGUGCGCCAGCUGGACAACAUGUUUGGCGCUUACGCGCAGCAGAGCGUUAUCAACUCCACCGUGUACGCAUUGAACUUCACUCGGCAAGCGAUCGGCCAUAUGAACCUGUUCUUCAACCGCCCGUAUCAGCUGCCCAAACUUGAUAUAGUGGCAGUCGAUGAUUUCCUGAUGGGAGCCAUGGAAAAUUGGGGUUUGAUCACCUACAAAACUUCCCGGAUAGCUUACCGCGAAGGGUUGGAUAAAACUGAGAAGCUCCAGGCAGUGACCAAGAUCGUUUUCCAUGAACUCAUACACCAGUGGUUUGGAAACGAAGUAACGUGUGCUUGGUGGUCCUACGUUUGGUUGAAUGAAGGAUUUGCCGUGUUCUUGGAGAGCUACGUCUUGGAUCAGAUGCGCCCUGAUUGGCAAAUUAUGGAUCAGUUUCUCGUCAACGAGAUGCACCCGGUGAUGGAACGAGAUGUCAUUCCGAAAACGCGUCCAAUGACUAUACCGAUCAACAGCCCUCAAGAAAUUGAAAAAAUCUACGAUUUCGUUGUAUAUCCAAAGGCGGCUUCAGUUAUCCGGAUGAUAGCUUCGAUUGUUGGAUCAGAAAUUUUCAACGAUUUCAUCAUCCAAUACUUGAGUGAUCGCAGUUACAACUCUUCAACGGAAGAUGAUUUGAUCAGAGUACUCCAAAUGGUUAUCCAAAAGCAUGGGCUUCAAAUACCCACUUUAAGUUUAAUAAUUAAAAGUUGGACUUCUAACCCAUCCUUCCCAUUAGUUUCGGUGAAGCGCGACUAUUCAGAAAAUGUUUUACAGCUCAGUGCUAUUCCAGCUAAAACUUUUGAAAUACCUCUGAGCUUUAUUUCUAAAGCAUACGCAUCGAACCUGAGUUGGUUGUCUUCAACAGAAGACAGCAAAAUCUUGUCUCUCGAAAAUAUACCCUCAAGUGAUUGGAUUUUGCUCAAUCCAAAUCAAAAUGGGUACUAUCGCGUCAACUACGAUACCCAGAGCUGGAAUUUACUAUCACAAGCCUUGCAGCAAGAUCAUAACCAAAUACCCAAACUCAGCCGCGCUCAGCUGAUCAAUGAUUGUUUGUAUUUUGUUCUGCACAAGCAGCUCCCGGUAGAAAUCCUUCUGGACAUUCUCAGCUAUUUACCACAUGAAAAGGGACUAGUCCCACUGAAAGCUGGCUUCAAGGGCUUCCGAACUCUCAGUCGACUGAUCCGUGGUAAUGACCUUGAGCAAAGCUAUAUUGGAAUGCAAACCAAAAUAUUGGAGCAACUGUAUCGAUCCAUGCUAAACAACACAGAAACAGAUCACGUAUCGAAACUUUACCGCUACGAGGUUCGAAGAAUUGCCUGCGAGAUGGCUGUGCCGCAAUGUCUCGAAUUCGCGAUCAACCACUUCGAAGUAUUCGAAACCAUCGAUGCCGAUUAUCGUUCCACUGUGCUUUGUGGUGCCAUUAAGUCUAGCUCGAGCUCCACAGUCUGGACGAUGACUCUCAAGCGACUAACCUAUAUUGUGCGUAACUUCGAGCAAAAACGAAUCCAUUUGGAAGAGUUUGAAGAUAUUCUGUACGGUUUGGGUUGUGCGAUUCGCGAGGAUCAAGCUACUAGUCUGUUGCUUUUGUCGUUAUCUCGAACGGACACUCUCGAACCGGCUGAUCGGAUUAAGAUGUUCAAUCUCAUGGCCAACAGUGGAGUCAACGGAACCAAUGAGGCAUUGCAAGCACUUAACGAGGAAUAUGACACCCUGAAGAGGAACUACGGUUCGGUUACGGAGAUAGUAGACAAUCUAAGAAACUCUAUCAGCACCCAAGAACAGCUACGACAACUGAACCAAAUUAUUUCUACAAAUACGGACUUGGAUCUGAAACCUACUCUUCAUGAAGUUUACGAGGAGGCACGUCAAAAUGUUCAGUGGACCGAUCAAAACUUACCAUCGAUAGCCAAAUGGAUCGCGGACAGUGAAAAUUUAGCAGCUGCUAUGGGGCUUUCUCGUUUUGUGUUAGUUUUAGGUGUCAUCACUAUGUUUGUUAAUUCGUAUCAGUAGUCAAUAAAAAACUCAAUAAAAGUUGAGUGAUCAAUAAAUA